GGAAAAUGAAAAGCCGGUGAGCUUGUCCGAGUCGUACCUGCACUCCUGGGGAGUGCACCUCAGAGUCGCCCAGAUGAUCCAGCCCUUGGGAACGCCGACGCAGAUCUACAUGAUUUUCCUGGGGCUGUACGUGACCGUCCUGACUACGUGCUACAGCGGCAACCUGACGGCUUUCCUGACGGUGGAGCGGCCGAGGGCCACCAUCGAAACCGUCAGAGAGCUGUAUUCGUCAGGUCUAGACGUGGUGACCGUGGGUUACUUCUUCAAGGUGUCUUUGGAGGAGUCCGGGAAUAUUUACCUGAAGGGCCUAGCAAGCCGGUACAAGGGUUUAUCAAGCUACCAGGAAUCCUACAACUCACUGGAGAGAGGGGAAGCUGUGUUGCUGGAAACCAGAACCUAUUUGCAAUAUCUGGUCGCGACAGACUUCACCAUCAACGGCAAACCUUCAAUGAGGAUUAUGAAGGAGUGUUACGCCCCAUACAGUAUAGCAAUUGCAUUACAAAAGAACUUCCCACUGAAGAAAAGCUUCGAUAAAAUUCUUGGGUGGCUCUACGACGCAGGAAUAUUACAAAAGUGGUUCUUGAAUUUACUGCGAAUGACGAGAGUAUCAAAAACGGCGAAGAAGCAGGACGAAGCCCAGGGACUAAUCAACGUGACAGGGACCCCCGAAUUCGAGGAGGCCGGUGGAGGAAGGCUGGGCGAAAACGGACCCAUUGCUUUGAGCGUCAACCACCUGCAGGGAAUCUUUUACAUCCAUUUGGCCGGCCUCGUACUCUCGACUGCUCUCUUCCUCUCGGAGACGUUGUUCCGCUGCGGAAACUGUCAAUCCAGGAGGAUAACUAGAAAGCAACACUAUUGA